GAUAGCAGACCCUGACACGUACGAAUCGUAUACCCGGCCCGUAUGUCUUAUACCUGACAUGAACACGUUUGAGAUAAAUGCCCAAACUAAUUUUUAUCUGCUUUUAAUAACGUUGCGUGUACGAGAACUUAAUGAAAUGACGAAGACACUUUAUUGUGUAAAUACAUGGAUCACCCCUAUUCAGAUAUGAUAUGAAAAAACUAAGAAGCUGAACCAGAGAUCUUACAUGUAGGAGUUUCGGACAAAACCUUGGUAAAAUUAUGAUGAAGUGUCACUGGCCCAGAAAAUUUAGGCAUUCAAACAUUCGAUCCCGGCAAAUGUAACUUAUCUCGUGUAGAAUUGCGCUCUGUACUGCUCGACGGCAUUACGAAAUCAAAAAUGACUAAAUUUUAAGCGUUGGUUUCUCUGCGGCGCUUUGUCGCUUCUCGAGCUCUUGCUUGCAUUUCGUCUCAGUUGGCCGGCUGCAAGUAAUAAAAAGUCGUGCUUUGGUUGAGAAAAUCUACUCAUGCGUAAGCUAUUAGACCACUUGAAGUUUUUUUUCUUAGACCUUCUACAUUGGACAAUUGACGAAUCCAACCGUCUAGUCGAAAAUAGCGCCACAGUGGAUACAAGUGCGUCAUUUGCCAUCGAAGGUGUCUAUCGCGACCACUUAGCUAGCUACCCGAAAAACAAAAGAUACUUCCGGCCGCGUUUUGCGCGAAUAGUUUGGAAUAUCGAAGCGAUAGCAAUUGACAGUGUCACUUAUUGUCAUAAUUAUAGCCAUUGAAAGGGCGAUCUUAAGUAAUUGACGUCGCAGUAGGCUCAGAAGUGAGACUGUGCAGCAAUAAGGACGAAGAAUCGUUGCUUACCAUAGCACUCCACAUCUGUGAUACUUGCAACUAGUGAAAAUAGCCAUUCAUACCUCGAUAUUGAAAUCAACGCUAGUGAUGAGCUGUUAUGGAGUGUGUUUCAGAACGACGAGCCUUGUCAGCAAUUAUGUCGGGUCCACAUUAUUUUUCAAACCACUAAAUUAGCCAAUCACAGGGCGACGUUUCCACGAGAGUCUAUCAGCCAGGAAAGUCUGAGCUGACGA